UGUCACACUUAUUUGAUAUGCACAACGUUUGAGAGACGAUGGCAGCAGAGCAUGAGACACCCGUAUCUUUGUAUUUCAAAAUGAGUGCUGCGAUCCUUUGGAGAAAUGAGCUGAAAAUAGAAUAUGAGGAAGAUUACGAAGAAACGAAAAAUCGUCUGUUUACGAUUCUAGGAUGGCUGGGCCGGGUGAGCCUCGGAAACCCGUUUGUGGCAUCGUGUGAUCUCGCCUCGUAUCUCAAGUUAUCCGUUUCAAAAUAUGUGUUAAAUUAUGGCCCAAGCAUUUUCAUCAAGUUGAACCGCUUUCCAUACAGAGAGGACACUGUUAAUGAAUGGUUUAAUCUUCCUCCUGAAGACGAUUGGCCUGAGCGAGGCGAGGCAGUAAAAGUAAUAAAUGUUGAUAAAUGUGGACUCGAGCGGAAGUGUUACAGGACACAAAAUCAAGUCGAAAAUACUUUUCCAGAUUCGCUAGAAGAUGACGAAUACGAACUUUUCUUUCACGGUACAUCUCAAAAACACGCUAAAGAUAUAAUUGAGAGUGGGAUUGACUUGAAGAGAGGUGCAAAAGCGCAGGACUACAGCGAUGGAGAUGGUUUUUAUCUGAGCAAACAUUUUGAUGAAGCUUUGAAGUGGGCCCGACAUAGACAUGUCAGUUUUGCAGUGCUCGUGUUUCGAUUAAAGAGAACCGAAUUAAGAGGUAAUAAUAACGAGAAAGGCUAUGAUCUUCGAGAACCAGCUAAGAGGAAAAAAUGGCAAGGAGUGAUCAAGCAAUUCCGAAGUGGAAAGCCAGAUAAAAAGUUCCGCAAAGAGAUGAAUCGGUUUUACCAAUUUAUCGAGGGACCAAUGGCUUCUCUUUCGAGGAAGAAUCCAAACAUCUCAUUUGCCGUUCCGAAAGAUGAUUCUUACCAGAUUUGUGUUCGAGAAAAGAAUUGCGCCGAACUCUUCGACUAUAGUCUUCAUUCUUUAGUUUUCCUCGAUAAGUAGGUAACUAAUAUAUAAAGCAAGUACUCUUAGUUAACGAAAUAUUUGACAUCUUUGUGAUUGUGGACAUUUAAAACCAGCCACUCUGUUACGAAAUCUCUCUCAUGAAAAUUUUUUUCUUUAUUCUUAUGCCAAUUAAACCAAAAUUUUGUGAUAGCAAUGGUGUCCAUACACUUUCCUCACGGAACAUGACAUUAGAUCGAUUGUUUAUCCUAGGAGAAUCAUUCGCGGAUAAUCCGGCGCGCGGGAAUAAAAUGGCGGGUGUCAGGUGCUAACAUUUACCGUUUGAUCUACUUGUAAAAGGGGGGCAGAUAAAUCAUCAUGAUCACCAUAUUGUAACGAUUUGGUUUCUAUCGAAGUGUGGCGUGGCUCUUAGCUGAAUUCAGCAGGGUAAACGAACUUAGGUUUAGAAGAGAAAUACCCCCCGUCAUAACAAGCUUUUGUUCAAAGCUGCUAAAGUGGGAGUGAGGGUCACUUUUUAAUUAACGAGUUUUGCUCUUAACAUUAGGAUUUACAACCACAAGUUUCGUUGAAAAAGUAGACAGGCUAUUAAUCAGGUGUUCCGUACACGAGGGAAGAAAAAAAGAUUCUUAAGUUUUGACUUAGACUGUUUACCAUGCAUCAUUUUGUGACAGAUACAUGAAAAUUUCGGUGGUUAAUGACAGCUAGUACGGCAAUACGUCAUAGUGCUAAUUCAAAGAAAAAUUAUUGUUGUUUAAAACUCACUUAUUUUGAUUGAAUUCGUGAUAUAGACGUUAAAACUAAGAUCUUUCGUGAUGGGUUUGUCUUUCAAUAAGUAGACCUUGUGAAGCAACAAAAAUUAUUUUUGAAAGUCUGUAAACAAUUUACACAAUCUCUUGCGACAUAAACUAGAAUUCUUUAGGGGCUAGCUGAAUUCUAUACAGGCAAAGUUUUCUAUGAAUUAUGGAAAGCUGAACAUUCAUAAUUCAAGAAUUAAUUUAAUCAUCUCGUCAACUACGGGUAACAUUUCUGAUAAGUCACUAUACAGGAACAAAAUGGAGAGAACAAAAGACGAUUAAGCUCAUCUCUCCACAGAAAUGAUUCAAUAUCUUACACUUCUAGAGGUCGCGGUAGAAUUCGAAGACGUUGCCAUAUUAAAUGUCUAAAAGGAGGAAAACUUAAAAAUAUCAAACUGAAAAUAAAAAUUUUGUGCGAAACCACGAUACAGAACAACACAGUACUAAUUGGCGGACAGGAACGCGUCAAAUUUUUUAACGCGGUCUAUCAAAACUUGUUUUUCGUCAUUCUUCUUCGAGAGCGUUCGUUUACUUAUCAGCAGUCGAGCUUGCGCAGUGUUUCGAGGUUUGCAGGCAGUGGGCAUCAACAAUAAGGCUUUUCUGUUGCUUUUCCAGACGCUGUACUUGAGGUCGUAGGAAAUAGCAAGGAAAUAUCAUGAUUUACGAUCAUCGCCAACAGCGAACUAAGGUGAAUAGCGAUGUAAACUCGAUCAAAGAAACUUGUCAUAAAUUGCUUAAGUCUCCCUCGAAACCAACUGGCCUCUCAAACGGUGUAGAUCGUGUAAAAUGGCACACAGACGAUGGCAUUGACCAAGUCAGCCAGAGCGUGGUUGGAAAGGAGAAUGUUUGGAACUGUUCGUAACGAUCUCAGUUUGGCAAGGACUGCAACAACAAACUCAUGACCACAAGCAGACACCAUAGUUAAAAUGAAGGAUAAGCCGCUCAUUACCAGCUUGCAGAAGAGCGGUUUUACCACAAACAUUUCGUCAGUUGUCCUCCAUGAUUUUUUAUGGGAGAAAGCCGGCACUUCUCAAAGCUUACAUUCGGUCAUUCUUGCAAAGAAACUAAAAGUACACCUUUUCCGGCCUAUUAUAUGAGAAGGGAUCUCUAAUCAUACACAAUGCCAGUCAUCUAUUUUUAUAUCUACAUUUUGUAGAUACCGAUUGACUUCAUCUUCCCUCCAAACAAAUGAAAGAAAAUAGGAAUCCUGAAAUAACCAAAAUUUUCAAGAUUUGUGGAGGUUG